UUUAGCUAGCUAUCGCGGACUGAACCAAGCGAGUUGUUCGCGCGUUUGAAAUAACGCUCUUUUUAGCGUUUGAUCAUUGAAGAAAGAAAAAAAAAUAGAUAACCCUUUAGAAUCAUCGCGUGAUUUGGCGUUUCCGGGAUUUAGAAGGGGUAUGUGAGGAGAGCUGUCCGAGGUGCUGACAGAGAUGCCUUUUUAGAUUACGGAGCCUGCGGUUCUGGAAAUAUGAAUAAACAUCCAGAGCUGUGUUCAAGUUUGACUUUCUCUCACAACAGCAGCAUCCCUUCAGUUAGUAAACCCAGGGAAACCCCAGAAAGUAAUGGGACCCCAGAGAGGCAGACGCAGCUGCGAGUGGCUGAGUCUCAGGGACUGCAGCUCCUUGAUAUGCUCAGAUCAUUCAGGGAGCAAGGUUUGCUGUUUGAUUUCACCAUCAUAGUUCAGGAUCAUCAGUUCCCCUGUCACAGAUGUGUUCUUGCAGCAUGCAGUGAUUUCUUCAGGGCCAUGUUUGAAGUUGAUAUGCGAGAGCGUGAUGAUGGCUUCGUAACACUUGCUAAUCAGUGCCCCAAGGCAAUGGGUUCCUUCCUGGAUUUUGCCUAUUCUGGAGAGAUUCUUAUCACUGACGGCAACGUUGAUGUGUUGUUCCAGCUCGCCUCUUUCCUGCAGGUCCCUGUCCUGUCCAGGGCAUGUAGCGACUUCCUUGUUGGAACAAUGGAUCUUUGUAAUUGUCUAACCCUCUCGUCCCUGGCAGAGGCAUAUGGCUCUGCCUCUCUUCUUCAAAGUGCCAGAGAGUUUGUGAUUGGGAACUAUUUUGAUUUGUCCGAAACACAGGAGUUCUUGGACAUGCAGGAAAAUGUCUUAAAGGCUUGCCUAAAGUCUGAUGCUCUGAACGUUCCCAGUGAGGAGGCAGUUUUGAGGUCUCUUCUUCGAUGGAUUCACCACGAUCUGCCAGGGAGACAGAAGCUCCUUUCAGAACUGAUGUCUCUGACCCGGCUACACCACUUGCCUGCAGCUUCCCUGAAGGUACAAGCCGUCCUUCUUUGCAGAGUUUCUUACAAGGAUGUGAUAUUAGGGUGUAUAGAUCACAAAACCAACAGCUUCAAGGAAUAUUGAAUUGGGAGCAGAAAUGUGAAUAUGUUUUAAAUAUCCUCUAAUUUGCACAGUUACUCCAUAUAGGUUGAAAUUC